AUGUCUCAUUACGGGUAUGAGAUAGUCCAGACGCUGAUUGUGGACUUUGAGCCAGAUGUGCAUGUCAAGAGGGCAAUGAAUGAGAUCAAUACCGUCUUGAGACUUGACAUUGAUUUGUUCUGUUCUUUUUCUUUAUCUUCGAGCGAGAGAGAGGCAGCGAGUGAGAAAGCUGAAGCAGGGAAGAUACUACAGAUCAAGAGAGCUGAAGGAGAAGCUGAAUCUAAAUACCUUUCGGGUCUUGGUAUAGCACGGACUUCUUCCGAAGACGUCAUGGACAUGGUUCUGGUGACUCGGUACUUUGACACACUUAAGGAUAUUGGAGCGUCUUCCAAGUCAAACUCGGUGAAGAGAAGGUUGUCUGACAAAGGGUUGGUUGUAAAUUAUGAUGGAUGA